AUGCCAUCAUUUAAAGAACGCUUUCGAUCAUCUCGUAAAUAUAAAAAAAACAAAGAAGCAGGCGCUACAGGUACUGAUGAAGUUGCUAGUGGUGGAACAUCAACAACAAAUACAUCAUCAACAAUUAUUGAUGAUCAUACUGGUUCAGGAGCGUUAUCUACUCAUCAUUCUCAUUAUUCAGUUGAUUAUAAUAAAGAUAAAGAUGGAUCCUCACUUAAAGCUAGUGCUUCAGCCGAUGGUAAGCACUCAACACUAAGCGAUUCACAUCAUCAUCAAGGAUCAUUGUCAUCAUCGUCGAUAUCAGCAAGUGCUUCAUCUGCCUCUGCUCAAUCAUUUGAAAGAGUAAAAGCAUUUUUGGCUAAAGCUAAAGAUGAAUUUUCAUCCAAGUAUGAUAAACCAAGCCAGAAUACAGCUAAACCCGAUGAUUUCGACCGUAUUCGAACGCUUGGAACCGGUUCAUUUGGACGUGUUAUGCUUGUUAAACAUCAAUCAAGUGGAGGUUUCUAUGCAAUGAAAAUUCUCGACAAACAAAAAGUUGUAAAAUUAAAACAAAUUGAACAUACACUCAAUGAAAAACGUAUUCUUCAAGCUAUUUCUUUUCCUUUUAUUGUCAAUUUGGAGUUUCAUUUCAAAGACAAUUCCUAUUUGUAUAUGGUAUUAGAAUUUGUACCCGGUGGUGAAAUGUUUAGUCAUCUACGUAAAGUUGGUCGAUUUAGUGAGAUACAUGCUCGGUUUUAUGCUGCUCAAAUUGUAUUAACAUUUGAAUAUCUUCAUUAUUUGGAUAUUCUUUAUCGAGAUCUAAAGCCUGAAAAUUUACUAAUCGAUGCUGAUGGAUAUUUAAAAGUAACUGAUUUCGGUUUUGCCAAAAAGAUUAAAGGUCGAACUUGGACGCUAUGUGGUACACCAGAAUAUUUGGCACCGGAAAUCAUCUUAUCAAAAGGAUAUAAUAAAGCAGUCGAUUGGUGGGCAUUAGGUGUAUUAAUAUAUGAAAUGGCAGCUGGUUAUCCACCAUUUUUCGCUGAUCAACCAAUUCAAAUUUAUGAAAAAAUUGUAUCCGGAAAAGUUCGAUUUCCAUCACAUUUUAGUAACGAUUUAAAAGAUUUAUUACGUAAUCUUCUUCAAGUUGACUUAACGAAACGAUAUGGAAAUUUAAAAAAUGGUGUUGAUGAUAUCAAAACUCAUAAAUGGUUUUCAACAUCGGAUUGGAUUGCUAUUUAUCAACGAAAGAUUGAACCACCAUUUGUACCAAAAACUAAAGGACCCGGUGAUGCAACUAAUUUCGAUGAAUAUGAAGAAGAACCACUUCGUAUUGCAACAUCAGAAAAAUUUGGAAAAGAAUUUGAAGAAUUUUAA